AUGACCGACCAUUCCGAAACCCAACAGCAUUCUCAAAACAAUGUCGACCUCCUUGCUGCCAAUUCCGUCCUCCAAGCGGAAAAUCAGCGACUAGCCGAACUCCUGGCGACGCUGCAAAACGACAGAGAUCGAAAGGUCGAUAGCAAGAAAAUAAAUGCUAACCAACACGAGGAACACCUGUCGGAAUCCAACGCAAAAACAGGAGAGACAAUCCCAAAGAACGUGAGACGCCGGACCAACUCGUUCUCCGAGAAAAUAAUGAGCUUCAAGAUGCCACAGAACUUCACACUUCCGAUGACGCUAAUGCCCUACAAGGGAAUCGGAGAUCUUAAAGUCCACGUUACAAAAUUUGAGUCUAUGAUGUUCCUCAACAGCGACUCAGACCCCAUCAUGUGCCGAUCUUUCCCAACAUUCCUAGAUGGAGCUGCUUUAUUAUGGUUUUCUAACUUUCCUGCAGGAUCCAUAAACAACUUUGAUGAGUUCGCCAAAAUGUUCAUCAAUCAUUUUGCAGCAUCCAAGAUAUACGUUAGGGACUCAGACUACCUCAGCACAAUCAAACAGGGACAACACGAGAGCUUAAAGGACUACAUGACGCGCUUUACAACAGCAGCAAUGAAAAUUCCCGACCUCAAUCCAGAAGUACAACUGCACGCAAUAAAGAGCGGUCUCAGGCCAGGAAAAUUCCAGGAAGCAAUCGCUGUGGCAAAACCAAAAACACUGGAGGAAUUCAGAGAUAAGGCGACAGGGCAAAUCGAAAUUGAGGAACUCCGUGAAACUAGGAGGAACGAAAAGCCCAUGUCCAGAAAGGAGGAAGAAAGACCAUACAGGUCCCAAAACAGAGACUCUAAAAAGCCUUUCAGGCUAGCCCCGAAGUUCGAUUCUUAUACCAAGUUCAACACCAAAAGGGAGGAUAUAAUCAAAGAGAUCCUCCACAGCAAACUCAUCAAACCACCAAACCGAGCUGGCACAUACCAAGACCAGAGGUACGUUGACAAGACGAAACACUGCGCUUUCCAUCAAAAAUUUGGACACACCACGGACGAGUGCGUUAUAGCUAAAGACACGUUGGAAAGACUAGCAAGACAAGGGUUACUGGACAAAUACAUCGGCAGACAACUCCACAAAGAACAACCAACAUCACACGAGGCAGAACACCUGAAAGCAAAUGGCGAAAAAUCUCAGUGGCAGAGUAAUCAACCACCUAAGAAAGUCAUCAACUACAUUUCAGGAGGUUUUGCGUGUGGCGGGGGCACAAGCUUGGCCAGGAAAAGAAGCUACAGGACCAUGUUGGCGGUCCAAAACGAAACACCCACUAACGCACCUACUCCAGAAGUCCCUAACAUCACAUUCACCAGCAAGGACUUUGACAAUAAGACUCCCAACCUUGACGACCCCGUAGUCAUCUCAGUAACAACAAGAGACCUCUUAGUUCGGAAAGUCUUGCUAGACCAAGGUAGCAGUGCCGAUGUCAUGUUUCUGUCGACCUUCGAGAAAAUGCAACGUAACGAAAAAAUUCUACAGCCGUCCUCCGGGGAGCUCGUCGGAUUCUCAGGGGAAAGAAUCCCCGUGACAAGUUAUGUAUGGGUGAGGACACCCCCUCACUCAAAAACUUUAGACAUUCAAUGCCUAAUUGUUGACUGUUUCAGCCCAUAUAAUAUUAUCUUGGGAAGACCCUCUUUAAACACUUUCGGAGCCAUAGUCUCCACAAUUCACUUGUGUGUUAGGUUUUGUUCAGAAAAAGGAACCAUAGCAACAGUUCACUCGAACAGGAAAGAGGCAAGGCAGUGCUACAACGCAGGGCUAAAAAUACAACAAACACCAACAAGGAGAAUAAACUCGGUAUACAAUGCCAGCGAUAUACCAGACCUCGCCGAGUUGGAUCCUCGGAUCCAUCAUGAGCAGAGGCCAACACCAACCGAUGAUCUCCACAAGGUAAGCCUGACCGAGGAUAAGAGUCAAUGCACUAACAUUGGUUCUACCUUGCUUGCAGGAUACAAACAACAAAUGACAGAUCUACUCUGA